ACUUAUUACAACUUGACAAAAACUGCUCAUAUCAGUCGUAAUCUCAAAACCCAAUUUGUAAUCUCCUUCUCUCUCUCCAAGAAAUUUGAUACGUUCUGCUUCAUUUCUGGACAAUUCACUACCGUCGCUUAAACCCGAGAAACAUGGAGAUUUCAGAGUCUACGGUGGAACACCAAGAACAUGAAGCUACUGACAGUUCGGGAGAUGAACAAGCAGGGCCACCGCACGAGGCGUUGUUCCUUGUUUCAGCUUACCUUCCUCUGUUCGAGCUUCUUGCUGUUAGCGGAGUUUGUAGGACACUGAGAGAUGCAGUAAACACAGAUGUCUUACCAUGGCUAAAAAUCAUCGUCAAAGCGCCGUUGAACUUGAGGCUUUCCGAUGAGGUUCUGAUGAAAAUCACAUCCAAGGCUAAUGGUAGGUUGAGAUCUCUGGCUUUGAUGAACUGUGCCAAUAUUACAGAUGAGGGGCUUCAAGGGGUCGUUGAGCAGAAUCCUCUUAUCAACAAGCUCUACGUACCGGGAUGCACCGGUUUAACACCCGACGGAGUCAUUCGAGCUGCCAAAACAUUAUCCGAAAAUCAUCACGGCUUAAAGAGCGUCAUGAUAUACGGCAUCUACAACAUGAACAAACAAUACCUCGAAACGCUUGAGUCGUAUCUCCAGAUAAACCGGUCACAGCAAAAGCAGACAGGAGGAUCACGGCCUCUUCUGUUUCACGAGUACAAGGACUGCCCAACCUCCAGACACGACAACGGUCACGCUGCAAUCGACGUCCAAGUUUGCCCAAAAUGCGACGAGGUUAGGAUGGUUUUCGACUGUCCAAGGAGGACGUGCAGGACAAAGAUAGACAGGCCAAUGACUGAUUGCAGAGGAUGCAACUUUUGCAUUCCGAGGUGCCAAGAGUGCGGCGGGUGCAUCGACAAUUGUGAAGAAAUGGAAGAGGCUGUUUGUGCAGACAUCUUGUGUUCGGAUUGCUGGCUGCAACUUCCCAAAUGUGACUUCUGCAACAAGCCAUACUGUAAGCAACACGCUGGCAACGGAUACCGUCCUCCUGGUUCCACCGGGUUCGUUUGUGAUGUUUGUUAUGCAAAGUUCAUUGUAGAUUUGCACAGCGUUGUUGAAUAAUUUGGUUGUGCCAUGUUUAUUGAACAAUUGGAUGACUUCUGUUCGUCAUUUAAGUUAAUACUGGCAAAAUCUUACGAAAGAAAAGCCGGAUGGAUAUGAAGAAAAACAGGCAGAUUUACAUUAA